AUACCCAAAUCAAAAUAUAAUUAUUAUUGAUUUCAAUUGCAGACAUGGAUAGCCAAUGUGCAAUUUGCUGUGAUUCUUAUUUGAUUCCACGUCUCUUGAACUGUCUUCACUACUUUUGUCAAUGCUGUAUUGAAAGUGUGCAAGUAAAUGGCAAAGUCAACUGCUCUAUAUGUGGAGAAGAAACAUUUUUUACAUCAGUCAGGCAACUUCCUUAUCACCCAUUGUAUUUCCACAAUGCGAAUAGUACCACCAAAGAACGGACUUGCUCAGUUUGUAACCAGCCUGCUGCUAUGUUCUGCAUUGACUGCGAUGAUGAUUACUGUGCAGCAUGUUGCAAUGUGCAUGAAAAAAUGAAAGUGACAAGAAAUCAUUUAUUGCAACCAACUAAAUGUAAUCCCAAGUUGAUGACAUGUGAACUUCAUGAAUCAAAAAUUCUUGAUUAUUAUUGCUUGGAAUGUGAGAAACUCUUGUGUAAUCAGUGCACUUCAUGUGACCAAAGAAGUCAUCACAUUGUCUCAACAUCUGAUGCCUGCAAAUCUUUUAAAGAAACGCUUCUACUUGGAGGUCAGAUGAAACUCAACAAAGUUCUUGAUUCCUUAGAUGUUGUGAAAAAUAACUACACUUUGCAAAGAAAACAAGAAAAAGACCAUGGUAUUAAUCUUAAACGUGAGGUGCAUCAAAGAACAAAUUAUAUCAUCUCAAUGUUACAAAGUAGAGAAAAAUUAAUUUGCGAACAAAUUGAUCUUGCUGUAGAUGACAAUACCUCUCUUAUUGAACAACAAAUUGAUUGUACCAAAAAGAGUAUGGAAAAGGUUACAAAGUUUCUUGAAAUUUGUGAGGAAUGGAGAAAAAUGCCUGUUAACAAUGCAUUACUGCAAUUGAAACCAUUGCUUAAUCAAAGAUUAUAUCAAAUUAUGGAAGAAAAUAGGAUUAAACAGAACAGCUCAAGUCUAAAACUUGACUCAAUUUCAUGGACUGACAAAGUCUGUGAGACCAUCUUGCCUCUUAUUGAAGAAUAUGGUGAUGUUCAGAUAACUAAAGCUUCUCUAAAUGCUAGCAAAACCUCGUUCCAAAAUUGGAGUUAUGAAUUACAGACUCCAAUGGGUUUGAGUAAAGCAAAUCAGGAAAACCAUGUAUAUGUUAUUGAAUCUCUGUGGAAGGCCCAAAAACAAAAAUUGCGUGUGCGAAAAGUUUCCAUCCAAGGAAAGGUUAUCGCUGAUGUGUGGGCAUGCUCAAAGUCAUGUUCAUCUUUGUCUGACAUGAUAAGUCCUGUUAUUGCAUCAAAUGACAACAAAAUGCUAGCAGUCGGAAUUGGGCAUGAAGUUAUUCUAGUGAACAGUGCUACGAAAAAGUCAUACAAGUUUGGAAAACAGGGAAACUACCCUGGACAAUUACAAGGAAUAUCCAGUGUAGCAUUUAGCUCUGUUGGGAAUAUUUUGGUGGCUGACUAUGUUCUGAAUAGAGUUUCAAUGUUUUCUUCUGAAGGGGAGUUCAUUCUCUGUUUUGGGACAUCCAGUAAAAAUAGUUGUGCAAAUGAGUACUCACUGAGCAACCCAAGUGCUCUCGCGAUAGAUGCUCAAGAUCACGUGUAUGUAGCAGACACAGACAAUCACCGUAUAGUGGUAUUUAACCAUGAAGGUUGUUAUCUGAAAAGUAUUGGUUGUAAGGGCUCUAAGUUACAAGAGUUUGUUGAACCCUGUGCAUUGGUACUUUCUGAAACAGUGUUGGUUGUACUAGAGAAAGGAAACAAGAGGAUACAGUUUAUCUGUUUGGAAAAUGACAAUACUGUGAUUGGAUCUCUGAAUCUAGUUAAUGUUACAGUUCCUCGACAUCUGAUCUGGAUCAAAUCACCUGGUUCAGCAGGGAAGGAGGAUUUGUCUGGGAAUAUCCUGGUUGCUGAUUCUGAGAAUGUCUAUGUUAAUAGUUUGUUUGUUGAAUAACAUUGCAUAAUUGAUCUCCUAAAUCUCAAAAUGAGGAGUAACUGGAAUGUUUUCUGUUUAUUUCAUAGGGUUUUUUGCUUAAAUUUCUAUAUGUUUUUUUGAUUGACAAAUUUUGUAGCAUCAGGUUUCAGUAUCUAUUAUUUAUUUAAAUGAAACGAAAAUUGUUAACUUUAAAUCAAACUAUUUAACUUUGGUAUGUUCGCCAUUUUAAAUGAUACAGGAUAGAAUGAUUAUUUCAUACUGAAACUAUUGACAAUAAUUAUAUCUAUUGUUUGUUAUAUUUGACAUCAGAAGUUUAUCAAUAAUGAUUUGUCUCAUUAUAAAAAUAUACCAUUUUGUCCACCUUGAAUAGCAUCAUAAUCUU